CUAAGUCCUGCCUUUGGUUGGCCGGAAACCACCACCGUUUUCCCGCGCCCCCUCCUCCUUCGCCGUCAAGAUGCGGAGCUUUCCCUCCGGGUCUUUCUCCCGCCUCUACCCCCUCGUCUCCCUCCUCCUCAUUUGCUCUUUAUUGUCCUCUUCCUCCUCCCUCCGUCGCCCUCUCGCCGGCGAUGAUCAGCCGGAGGCCGCGGGGAAUAACGCCACCGCGAAGGAGGACAGCUUCGCCAAUAUCAUUGAUCGAGCGCUAGAGAGGGAAUUCGCCGAGAGUGAGCAACAAGGAGAAACGGAUGCAGGUAGCUUUAACAACACUGUGGCUGAAGAUCAGGGAGUGCUAGAAACAGUUGCUCGAGUCACUCGUGACAAACCAAAGAAAAAUGAUACCAAAGAAGAGAAGUCAUUUCAACUGCAUGAUGUCUUCAACUUGGAUAAUGAGAACAGGGCAGAUGACAUUCCAACUUUGAUAGACAGCAAGGACAAUGUGUUUAUUAUAUCAAAACCCAAGUCAAAGUAUCCAGUUCUGCAGCUAGACCUGAGGUUGAUAUCAGAUCUGGUAGUGGUCAUAGUAUCUGCAACAUGUGGUGGCAUUGCAUUUGCCUGUGCUGGUCAACCGGUUAUUACUGGGUAUUUGCUGGCUGGAUCUGUCAUUGGGCCUGGAGGGUUAAGCUUUGUAAGCGAAAUGGUGCAAGUUGAGACUGUUGCUCAGUUUGGUGUAAUUUUUCUUCUAUUUGCAUUGGGCCUUGAGUUCUCCACCACAAAGCUUCGGGUUGUUCGAGCAGUUGCUGUACUUGGAGGGAUACUGCAGAUUUUUCUUUUCAUGUGCUUAUGUGGUGUAGCUGCCUCUUUAUGUGGUGGCAAACCUUCAGAAGGAGUGUUUGUAGGCACUUUUUUAUCUAUGUCUUCCACAGCUGUGGUUUUGAAGUUCUUGAUGGAGCGAAACAGCAUCAGCGCUGUUCAUGGUCAAGUUACUGUUGGGACCCUUAUCCUCCAGGAUUGUGCUGUUGGGUUGCUGUUUGCACUUCUUCCAGUUCUGGGUGGUAAUACUGGAGUUCUACAAGGAAUAAUGUCUAUGACUAAAUCGGCCAUCCUAUUGUGCACAUUCUUAUCUAUUUUGGCCAUGUUAUCACGAACAUGUGUGCCUUGGCUUUUUAAGCUGAUGAUAAGCUUAUCCUCAGAGACCAAUGAACUUUAUCAGCUGGCUUCUGUCGCUUUUUGCUUGCUUGUUGCUUGGUGUAGUGAUAAAUUGGGUUUAAGUCUUGAACUGGGAUCAUUUGCUGCCGGGGUGAUGGUAUCAACCACUGAUCUUGCACAGCAUACACUUGAACAGGUUGAACCCAUCCGCAACUUUUUUGCUGCUUUAUUUCUCGCGAGUAUUGGAAUGCUGAUUCAUGUCCAGUUCCUGUGGAAUCAUGUGGACAUUUUGUUAGCAGCUGUCAUUUUGGUAAUAAUCAUAAAAACAGUAGUUGUCGCUUUAGUAGUCAAAGGAUUUGGCUACAGCAACAGAACUGCUUUUCUGGUUGGCAUGUCUUUAGCGCAAAUUGGAGAGUUUGCUUUUGUGCUGCUUAGUCGUGCUUCCAAUCUUCACCUUAUUGAGGGUAAAGUGUACCUGCUGCUUCUGGGCACAACAGCUCUUAGUUUGGUUACAACGCCAUUGCUUUUCAAGUUGAUACCUGCUGUUGUACACUUAGGAGUUCUUCUGAGGUGGUUCUCACCUGACAAUCCAAGCGAGAUGGGAUUUAAAGGUGAGAGCAUUCGUGCGGAUAGUGCUAAGCGCAUCACACUGUUGGUCCAAGAAACUCAUGAUUCAUGACGAUAAGAGGAAAAUUGAACUUUAAGAAAGAAGAAUUCCCUCAACUGUUGUGCCUCACAACCCUGUCAUGAGGAAGGUCAUCAAAGCAUCAGAUGGAGAGAGUUGCGACUGCAUUUGUAGUGGUGGUGGUUCUUCCGUUCUCAUCUUCUCCAGGGCAUACACUAUGAGCCACCCACGUGGGGAUCUCAAGAAGACGAGGGCCCAAGGCGUUUGGAUUCUCUUCCAUGGGUUGGCAUGGCAGCCCAACCUUUGGCAAUUUUUUUUUUGUAAAAUAUCUUUUUGUAUUUUGUUUGAUCUUAAUUUUUUUGGGGUAUUUUAAUUUCUUUUCUUUGUUUUUGGGGGUCACUUAAUAGAAAAUUCACUGCUUGAUCGAUAUUGUAGCAUAAGAAAUCUUGUGGCUAUUAUACGAGGAACCAGGAAUAUUUUGUCCUUCAACCAUUUUUGCACUGUUCAA